CCAGUUUUUUCCUUCGUUUAAUUUUUUUUAAAGAAAAGAUUUUAGACUAUUUUGUAGUACCAGCGAUACUAGGUCAACCGCAGAUUCUUGAAGUAGCAUGUCUCUGCAUAGCGAUACUUCCGAAAACGAAUCGCGUAGUUCUACCGAUAUGGGACUUCCACCGAUCAACUUUCCUGAAGAUAAAUUUCCAUACUGCAUCGUCUGGACACCGAUUCCCGUGUUGACAUGGUUCUUCCCGUUCAUCGGCCACAUGGGCAUCGCGAUGUCCAACGGUGUGAUACGAGAUUUUGCCGGGCCAUACUUUGUCUCCGAGGAUAACAUGGGAUUCGGGCGACCGACUCGAUACUUGCGGUUACACCCAAUGCACGCAUUCGGAGGGUCACAGAACUGGGACGAAUCAGUUAUCAAAGCAUCGGCUACCUACAGUGCGAGGAUGCACAAUCUUUUUUGCGAUAACUGCCAUUCGCAUGUAGGCAUGGCACUUGCUUUAAUGCGAUAUAAAGAGUACAGCAACUGGAAUAUGGUGGUGUUGGCGUUCUGGAUGUUUUUCAGAGGAAAAUAUGUAGGAGUGAAGGGAUUCUUCAAAACAUGGUUACCGUUUCUUAUCAUACUUGUAAUAUGUGCACUGGUUGCAAUGUAUUCUAAAUGGACUAUCUGAGAGAGC